AUGCGGGAUGCUUGGGAUCGGCAAUAUGGCAUUCGGCCCCAUAUGAGCCAUCUACCAGGGGAACAAAAUGAUGCACAGGCCGAUGCGCUGAGUCGGUUGGCCGAGGCGUGGAAAAUCCCAAAGUCCAUUAUUUUCGACGGUCGUCCCGUCUCAGUGUCAUUUCGGGGCGAGUCAAACUCCCCGGAAAAUCAGGGGGGCAUGCCCGACGAUGACGACGAGCUCACUCGUGCCCUGUAUGCUCUGCCAUACAGGAGAGAUGGCCUACCUAGGAGCUCGCAGGUGGUCAGCGCCGCCAUCGGCCGGCCCUACCGACAGGAGCUUCUGCAAAUCCAGCGUGACUCCCCAAAGGCCAGCGGUUUAAUUGCUCAGCUGGAGACCAGCGGGGUCGACCACAAGGACUAUCGGCUCGAUGAGGAUGGGGUUCUGAUGAAGUACUCUGGCACGACCCGAGUCAACGGAUUGCUCGUCCCUCGCUUACGGUUCUAUAUCCCGGACGAUACUGAAGCUGCGUCAAUAUAUGCUAAGGGCCUCCUCGAGAAGUACCAUGCCGACUCGGCAUUGCCGAGUCCGGGUGCCUCAACGAUAGGUAUCUAA